UUGUUGUCUUUCCUUGUGGUUGUUUUUGCUAGUUAUCAUUUUGAGUUGAAAACUUCAUGUAAUUUGCCUCUGCAAGAUUCUUCUCCUAAAAUCGACCUUUCUUUUCUGCUUUGAGUUUGGAUCCACAAAACCUAAUCCUAUUUGCUUCCAACAUGGAUGAAAUUCACGAGUACGACAAGCCAUUUCAUUAUGAUUAUGAAUCUCUGAGGAUCGGUGGUAUGGUCUUUGCUGUGAUUCUCUUCUUGAUGGGAAUCUUCCUCAUUGUCAGCCGGAAAUGCCGCUGCAAAGGCAAGAAGUCAAAGCCAGUGGGACUUGACACAGAGGCAGCAAGAGGUGCAAAAUAAAGUAAACUGAGGGAACAGAAACAGAAAGCAUGGCUACUUAAGGAGAAUCUUAAUCAAAACCGUGGACAUUUGGAAGAAGAAAAGGUCACUUGAGGAUUUAGUUCUAGUGUUCGCCACAAUUUUUAAAUAUGGCAAUAUGUCUUUGUCUCUUGUAUACAGAGCACGAGUGCUCCUUUUUAAAAAUCGAAAAGUAAAAAAAAUAAAUGUUUCAAUAAAACUGUUGAUUCCUAGCUAGAACUACUUUGCCAUAAUAUUUAAUUCAGGAGCUGAUAUCUGUGAGAUUUGUCUCUUAACUUUUUGUCAUGUGCUUUUCAGCUCUCGGUGAAGUUCAUAAAAUGUGUAGUAUAGUAUGUGUACGUGCUCGGUAGCUAAAGGAUACAGUAGGCAUUUUAUAUAUUUUGUAAAUUGUCCUUCCAGUGUUGUCACUUUGCAGAGUUAACAAUAAAGCUGUACACUGUAGUUGAAAAUAAAGUGAUUUCUAUGGAAUGUUAAGUGUCAUCGAGAAAAUGACGUAACAGUUAUGUAACAUUUGUGCUUGGCAUCUGCCCUGGUCUGUCUCUCCUAUUCAGUGUUAUAAAUAGUUGACCCGGUUAUUAGUAAUAUUAGUACAACCAGUUUGAUAUUGCAGCUGUGUAGUUGAUUUUGCAAUAGUAUUUACAUUCUGUAAAAAAAAAAAAAAAACUGCGCAUGUUAAAUAAAUUACACGGGUCUCUGGAAUACUUAAAUCUAAUUGGUCAGUGUGUGGGCAGAUAUUUGUGAAGAGUGAAUGUUGCCCAUGGCAACAUAAAGGUGUGUCGUAUUAAUUUGCGCUUCUUUUUUUUUUUAUUUUGUCUUUUAAUCCAAAUCACCACAAGUUGGAGUAGAUAAUUGGCGCCAUCUUGCGAUUCAAAGCGAUUACUACGACAACAAAUGCUAUAUAUGGGACGCAAUGAAUUCAAGAAUAAAGCGAAAAUAUCAGCCUGUAGAACAAGGAACCGAAGAGAUGCAUGAGAACACUUUUAAAAUAUAUAAAUUGAAAACUAGUCCAUAGGGAAAAGUAAAAUGGUUGCAGAUUUACAAUGAUGGAGUACUAUUCUAUUCUUUCUUGCAGUGUUCCUGUGAUUUUUCUAACCCAAACGACAUUUCAUUCCAUGUAUUUUAUAAGUAGUCUGGAAAUAAGUUUAUUUUUCGACCAUUUAUCGCUUACGUAUUAGAGUAGAUACAGUGGAUAAGGUGUUAGGAAUGGAUUAAGCAAAUGAACAAUAAUAUAAAUCUAUGAUUUCAUCGGCGUUACGCUUUAAAUAAUUCGUAAUAAUCAUUUGACAACUGGCUUUUGUUUGAGCGCGUACAAAUCAAAUACAUCCCGAGGUGCACAAUCCACGCGCAAAUCUUUCUGAGUUUGUCGACCGUCCUCCUGCAGACCCCAGUCCAGUUGCUGCAUAGGUGGGGUUCUGUGUGUCGCAUGUAUUCACUGGGGGUGGGGGAGGUGUUUGGCUCAGGAUCCCCACCGCAUUGGCCAGUACGCAUUUUAUCUACCUAACGCCAGACCGGGGAGCUUCCCCUACGAUUUAAAGGGAACACCCACAGAUCUGCACCGCUAGGGGGCGUAAGUAUGUAACUUCCGAAGCCCAGCAUCGACGCAGUGCUCCACCAACGCGCUGCCUUCAUUCACGGUGCUCAAUUACAGCCUGUAGCAAGAUAAAGGAAUCCCUGUCCAGAGAGAGCACUGCAGUAAUGGCAGCUUCAACAGAGUCAUACAUGCAUAUGGACCAGAGUGCCUUUGAUUAUGAUUACGAGACGUUGAGGACCACGGGUGUCACCCUAGCUGUGAUUAUGUUCGUAGCUGGGAUUCUUAUUGCUCUGAAUCUAGUCCAGUGGAAGGCCCUCAGCCACCAAAGACAGAAGUUCCCCCUCAAACGGUGUAAAGCGGAUGGUGCGAUGGGGCGGCUCGUUAUAGCGAGAGGAAAUGCUCAGAUGCACAAAGUUACUUACAGGAAUGUGGAGGAGAGUAGAACCUGCUUGACCUCUUUUUGUAACCUCAGCCUAAAUGCUGAUCUAUUGCUGUACUUUUAGGUCACUCAGUAGCACUUGUGCUACAUUAUAUCCUUUUGUGUUCAUAUAGCGCUAAUGACACCUUUCAUCUGACUGCAGUUAUUUUGCUUAUGCAUGAAUCAUUUGCUUUUAUUGAUAUUAUAUGAGGCUUUGAUCUAAAAAGGCAUUUACGGAAAUAUUUACAGAGAAUAACGAUUAACGGACUGACUCAGACUCAGUUCUUUAGACAGAUAUGAUGAAAUUGAUAUUUACACUAGUUUACAUUUUAAUACAGAAUAAAUGACUUUUUAGCAGCUCUCCAGCAUGGAACUAUGCACAUUCCUGUGUGUCGCCCUGUGUAAUUUGUGCAUGCCAGGUUUCAACAAAAUGUAAGACAACUGUAAAAUUUUAGUAUUUAUGUCUUGUAUUUUAUAUUAUUUUAGAAUUUUAGUUAUUGAAUAUUUAUUAUUUGUAUAUUGAAAUAUACUAUUGAAUCCAUUCCAUCCAUUAACAGUUUUGACAACAACCAUAACAAGAUAAUCUAAAAAUGCACACCUUUUUUUUUUUUUUU